CCUCGCGUUUCCGCAGUGUCAUGAUUUCCGUUUCCCUCAAAGAAAGGAGGGUAAGGGGGGCGAGAGGGAGAGAGGGCUCCGGGUCCUGCUGCUGCCAUGUGGCCCCCAGCCGACACCGAGGCCGCGGGGGCCCCGGAUGGCCCCCAGCCUCAGAGCCUGAGAGCUCUGCUCCCCUCACGGGAAUUCCUGUGCUCCCGCAAGGGCCGCCUCCUCCUAGGAGAAUCGGUGUUGUCUUUCAUCAUCUUUAUCUGCUACAUUGCAUCCACGGCGGCACCGUUCCUGACCGUGCCCCUCUUGAAGUUCCUGCUGGCCCUCUGCUUCUUCUUUGGCUACUUCAUGAAGAUCAAUGAGAAGAUCCCAGGAAUAUGCUGGCCCCUCUCGGACUUUCUUCGCUGUAUCACAGCGGCCAUCAUCUACUUUGCCAUCUCCAUUACCGCCAUUUCCAAGUAUUCCGAUGGAGCUUCCAAAGCCGCUGGAGUCUUCGGCUUCUUCGCCACCAUCGUGUAUGCCUUCGACUUCUACGUGAUCUUCAAUGACCUGUCCGCAUUUCUCAAGCAAGGAAAUUCUGCUGGUGACCCGGAAGCUGAAAAAUCAGAGGAGGAAGAUUCCAAUUCCGAUUCCGACUGAAGACGGUCCGGGCUGCACAACGCCUGCUCAGGCCACCCAGGGGUGGGGGGUGGGGGUGGGGCGGCAUUUAUUUUUCUGCCUCCAGACGCCCUGGCCACCGGGCACGAGGCUUGCCCUUCUGGUACUGUUUCCCGAGGGCUCCGGCGGUGGAAAAGGACCGGACUCUCCAGGCCUUCUGCUCUCCUCCAGACACAUCGCCACAAGGCAUGGCAGCCUUCGUGGGCCCCUCGCUCUGUCCCCAGGGUCUUUUCCCUGUCGGGUUUCCUGGCUGCUCUCUCCCAAACCGCAUGUCAAACUUCUAACAAUGGAGAGCUCCCUUUGGGUCAACGUCUCUCCAGAAACCUCCGAGCCAUUUAGACUUGUGUGUCAGAGAGGAGGGCAGUGCCGGGGCGGCCUGGAGAACACCCCUGGGUGCAGGUCCCACAGGGCCUCGGAGGCGCUCUCCCCGCUCACAUAGGCUACGUGAUACCUAUUUACCCAGGGGAGCUCCUUUUCUGUCAUUAAAAGGCUCCUGCUGUCCCCCGGUGAGCCAGACAAGGGCGGGGCCCAGAGGAGGCCAACGUCUCAGGGAGUCACAUUUACCAAAAAAGAUUCCUGUCGUGCCUUUAACUCAUACUUGAUCAAUGACAGUGGACCCAAGGAGCGACUUCUCAGAGCCUCCAAGCCCUGCACGUGGCUGAUCUGCUUUCCGGAGCAGCUUCCAGAGGGAGAGCCCCACAGUAUUGACGUCACAGGCCUGUUCUGCCCCUUGCCGUGUCAGCAAAUAACCAUUUAUGAAGCACCUACAAAGUACCACGAGCUAUGCUACAUCUCUCUCUCCCUCUCCCUCCAUCUCUCUCCCUUUCCCUCUCUCUCUCUCUCUCUCUGUCCCCCUGUCUGUCUCUCUCCCUCUCUGUCUCUCUCUCCCUCUGUCCCCAUCUCUCUCCCUCUCCCUCUUUCUCUCUCCCUCUCCCUCUCUUCCCCCGUCUCUCUCCCUCUCUGUCCCCCCGUCUCUCUCCCUCUGUCCCCCUGUCUCUCUCCCUCUCCCUCUCUCUCCCUCUGUCCCCAUCUCUCUCCCUCUCCCUCUCUCUCCCUCUGUCCCCAUCUGUCUCCCUCUCCCUCUUUUCUCUCUCCCUCUCCCUCUCUUCCCCCUGUCUCUCUCCUUCUCUGUCCCCCUGUCUGUCUCUCUCUCCCUCUGUCCCCAUCUCUCUCCCUCUCCCUCUUUCUCUCCCUCUCCCUCUCUCUCCCUCUGUCCCCAUCUCUCUCCCUCUCCCUCUUUUUCUCUCCCUCUCCCUCUCUUCCCCCUCUGUGUCUCUCUCCCUCUCUGUCCCCCUGUCUGUCUCUCUCCCUCUGUCCCCAUCUCUCUCCCUCUCCCUCUCUCUCCCUCUGUCCCCAUCUCUCUCCCUCUCCCUCUUUUUCUCUCCCUCUCCCUCUCUUCCCCCUCUGUGUCUCUCUCCCUCUCUGUCCCCCUGUCUGUCUCUCUCCCUCUGUCCCCGUCUCUCUCCCUCUCCCUCUCUCUCCCUCUGUCCCCAUCUCUCUCCCUCUCCCUCUUUUUCUCUCCCUCUCCCUCUCUUCCCCCUGUCUCUCUCCUUCUCUGUCCCCCUGUCUGUCUCUCUCUCCCUCUGUCCCCAUCUCUCUCCCUCUCCCUCUUUCUCUCUCCCUCUCCCUCUCUUCCCCCCUGUCUCUCUCCCUCUCUGUCCCCCUGUCUGUCUCUCUCUCCCUCUGUCCCCCUGUCUCUCUCCCUCUGUCCCCCUGUCUCUCUCCCUCUCUCCCCCCUCUGUCUCUCUCCCUCUCUCCCCCCUCUGUCUCUCUCCCUCUCUGUCCCCAUCUGUCUCUCUCUGUCCCCGUCUGUCUCUCUCCCUUCUUUCCAUCCCCUCACAAACACGAACAUGCACACGCACACACGCAUGCAUGUGCCCACACACGUAUCCCCACCCCCGAUUUUGAGGCAAUACCCACUUGAGGCCUUUGCCGUUCUGAAAAGCAGGGGUCUCUCCUGGUUAGAGUUCUUUCCUCUCUGUUCUUGGUACACACAGGCAAUUCUGACAUCUUCAUUUCAGAGAGUGGAUCCUCCUCACCGUCCUGGGAUCUGUACAAACACACCUACUUCCACGUGUGAAGGCAGCGAGAAUGCCGUUUUAAUAGACCGGCCUGAGGGAGGGAGCGAGGAGCCAUUCUUGAACCCUAGCCCUGUUUAAAACAGACAAUAGCAAAGACCAGCGGGGCUGGAAGGGGCCUCAGAGCAGGCGAUGAACACAGAACAGUUGCAUUUCUUUAGGGGAGGUCUCCCUCCCCGCAGCCUUGGGAGCGAGGUGCUGUAAGUAUAAGGAUCCCCAUUUGGCAGAUAAAGAAACAGAAACUCAGGGGAAAGACAGUGAGCAGCAAAACCACCAGCCAGCUUUGGGUAGCUGAACUCUUGGUCCAAAUGGGCGCCCUCUAGCAGGCUAGGGGCACGCGGGCCCACAAGACCAAAGUACUGUGCAAACUGCGGCGUAGCCAGUGCCUUUCUGCAGAGGAGGAAGGCCCACCUCUCAUCAUCCAGGAAGCUGUGAUAGUGUUUCUAUCUCUCUCUCAAAUGAGGUGUUAUAAUCUUUUAAGACAUUUUUAUAUAAAAUGUAAGCCUAAAAGCUUUGCUUCUACGAGAGCAAUCCCCUAAGUAAAUGGCAUUUGCUAUGACUUGAGAACCCAUGUGAAUGUUUAAGUGCCUUCAAUUUGUAAAGCUUCGCUUGUACUUGUUCACUUGUACUGCAUGUCAAUGCACCACCCCCCAAAGACAAGCCGGAUUAAACCACGGUGACUCCUUGGUUGUGCCUGGGUGUGAAUGUACAAGCAGACAUACGUGGAGAUGUUGUGUGUAUCCCACUCCCCCCCAUCUCUGAAAAGCAAGUGGAUCCCCUUUGCCUCCCAGGGACAAAUCCUGCCUGAAACUGAUAGUGGAUUCUGGAAUAACAUCUGACUAUACAAACUCAUUUUUCUACUUUUCUGAGUUUCUGGCCAGCAAACAUUUUAGCCAUUUAAAAAAACAUUCGAAAUUCAUACUCUCCACCGAAGAACAUGCUUCACGUAUCAUCCAGUUUAGUCCUGUUCCAAGACUCCAAGCUCCAUCCUGUGCUUAUCUGCCUCAGGCCCAUCGUGAUGAAAUCCUGGAAUUUAGUGCUAGAGGGGACUUCCAAGCAAGCAGAGGCCAGGACUAUUGCAGGAGCCUGCUGGGAGCUCUUCCUGCCACAAGUCUCUCCCCCUCCAGUUCAUCUUUCACUCAUUUGCCAAAAUGAUCUUCCUAAAACAUGAAUCUGGCUGUGCCAACCCUCCCCUUCCUUCACCUCCAUUGAAUAAUUUCAAGUGUCCCCCUAUUGUCUCCAGGAUCAAAUAGAAAGCCUUCUGUUGGAUGUUCAAAGCCCUUCAGCCUGGCCCUUCCCACCUUUGCAACAUUCUCAUACCUUAUUCCCCUCCACAUACUUUUCCAUCCACUGGCACUGGGCUUCUUGCUGUUCCAUGAACAAGACCCUCCAUUUCCUGACUCCAGGGAUUUCGCUGGCUUUCCUCUACCCCUGGGACUCCCUCCUUCCUCAACUCAGCCUCCUAACUUGACUGGUUUCCUUCAGUCAGCUUCCAAGUCCUCCUGAAUCCCAGUGUCUUCUCACUAAGACUACCUCCAAUUUGUCCUGCAUCUGUCUUCCUUGGGCAUCAUCGUUGGCUUCCUGGCUCUCCUGUUAUUAGACCAGGAACUCCUUGAGAGUGGGGAUAUUUUUACCCUUAUUUGCUUCCUCAGCACGGAGCACACUGCUUGAUCCAUAAUACAUACUUAAUAAAUGCUAGUUAUCUGACUA